AUGUUCAGAAUAAUAAACAGCGAUGAUAAUUACAGUGCAGCGGUACAGAAACAAACUAUUCUAGCCUUUGGGGAAACCUCUUCCCUGCUUUGGAUGGGCAAUCCUAGCUCAAAUUAUUGUUGUGAAACAGAAGGAAAUGGUAGAGACAAGGGCCAGGACCGCGUCAAACGACCCAUGAACGCAUUCAUGCUGUGGUCUCGAGAACAAAGGCGCAAGGUGGCUCUAGAAAAUCCCCAAAUGCAAAAUUCAGAGAUCAGCAAGCAUCUGGGAAACCAAUGGAAAAUGCUUACAGAAACCGAAAAAUGGCCAUUCUUCCAGGAGGCGCAGAGGCUACGUGAUGAGCACCGAGAGAAAUACCCGAACUAUAAAUAUAGACCUCGUCGGAAGGCCAAGUUACCACCGAAAAGUGACAAAUUGUAUCCCGCAGACUCCUCUUCAACACUAUGCAGCAGGGGGCAUGCUGACCGGCAUUUGUACCCCAUCAACUACAGGGACAUCUCUACUAAGACCACCCACUCACCAAUUCAGGACCAGCUAAGGCGCUCACAAUCCAUGAACAGAGCCAGCUCCGCGCUGCAACAGGAGCAGGGCAGCAGCUCCACAGGUCUGCCUGACAAUCGGGUAACCGGCUACGCAGAGGUUCCCUUUUUACCAUAA